GUGGACGCGCGCGCACGUGUGUCGCAUGCGCACAUACUACGCUCAACAAGUUCCUGCUACUUCAUAGACGACUGGACACUUGUUUACUUAAUUGAUAAGAAACUUGGUGUAAUGUGAUCAAUUUUAAAUUUGAUGAUUUUUUGGACACGGUUAUGUUUUUCAAAAUAACAAAUUAAACUUAAUUUUUGAGAUAUUAGUGCUAAAGGAACGGAUUUAGUUGUUAAUUAAAUAGUUGUCUUAAUAAAGUUUGUUUUGAACUAAAAAAGUGCAAGUGAAAGUGUGGAUUUAUACAUUUUGUGCAAGUAGCAUUACAUACUCACAAAUGAUGGAGUACCAGCGCCACAUGGAGCCCAGCGCUCACCAGGCGCAGGGCCAGGGCCCGCAAUGGGCCCCGCAGUACGGCUGGGGCCCGCCGGCGCCCCCGCCCGCGGCGCCCGCGCAGAGGUCCAAGAGGACCCACUCUGAGAGUGAAGACGAUGCCUUCUCAGAGGAGAGCAGCAAGGAUGCGCAGUCCCCGGGCGGUGACUCGUGUCAGCUGAUGACGCGCAAGCGGCGGCGUGGCGUCAUCGAGAAGAAGCGGCGCGACCGCAUCAACACGUCGCUGUGCGAGCUCAAGCGGCUGGUGCCGGCCGCCUGCGAGAAGCAGGGCAGCGCCAAGCUGGAGAAGGCGGAGAUCCUGCAGCUCACCGUCGACCACCUCAAGAUGCUGCACUCCAAAGGUCUCGACACGUACGCUUACGACCCGCAGCGCUACGCGAUGGACUACCACAGCAUCGGCUUCCGGGAGUGCGCCGCCGAGGUCGCGCGGUACCUCGUCAGCUGCGAGGGGCUCGACAUCCAGGACCCCUUGCGACUACGCCUGAUGAGCCACUUGCAGUGCUUCGCGGCGCAGCGGGAGUUGGCUUCUAAAUCCAACUGGGGGUACCCUCAAUACCCCGCAGUACCACAGACGAUAACCCAGCCUCAGCACGGGUAUACAGAGUUGAGGGAACCUCCAGUGUCGACCGCUGUGUCAACGGCCGCGCCUUCAAUAGCUGCCCCCCUAUCAGCACCACCGACGUAUACCCACUACCCCCCCGCGCCUCCAGGGCCACCUGGACCUUCAGCACCCCCUGGUCACCCCGCGCCACCUGCCCCCCACUACCCCGCUCCGUACCCUCACCAUCCACCACACCAUCAGUACUCACAGAACAGUUCCAAACCGUAUCGACCUUGGGGUGCUGAGUUAGCUUAUUAAUUUGAUAAAUUUUUAUAGUGCUAGGAAUUAUACAUAAAUUAAUAGUAGCUUCAGCCGUGGCUAGCUACCGCUCAAAUGCAAAACAUGGAUUCGUAAUCGAUACGAAUUCGAAACAUAGAUUUUUUAAUAAAGCACAAGUUGAACAUAGAAUUAAUAAAGUUGUCAAGAUUCAAUUCGGUUCUAAAAAAAAAAUUGCAAACAGUUAUGAUAUCCUUUGUGCCAAUUCAUUAUCCCAGAGUGCUCCAGUAGGUUACGUAAAACACACGGAAAAGCAUAAUUUCAUAAAUAGAUUUAUGUACAAUUUCUACCAUUUCAAAAAAUAUGUACGUUGUUGUAGAUCUCAGAGUUUAACAAAAAAACUUAGCUAAACUUAUAUUUGAAGACUGUUACGAUUAGAUAUAAAAUAUAUAAAUAAAUAAGUUGUGUGAUACAUAUAGUAUAUAAAAUUAGUUUAUUUUUACCUAAUGUGAAUAUAUUGGGACCAAAAACCAAGCUUUAAUGUUUAUGAUAAAAUGUAUUUUGAUUGUAUAAGUCAAACGUAGGAGGAAAUCCUUAAAGGUAUGUCCAGUCAUGAAUGCCUUGUUAAAUUAAAUAGCAAACUCUUUUUCUUUUGAAGUUUUUGAAAAUGUCGUUACAUAGCUUAAAGCCGGGUUUAAAUUUGUCUGACGUGUCGUGUCGUGACGCAUCAGAACAGAAUCGGUAUCAAACAUUUUGAAUGCGGCACAUCAGAAGCCAUCACGACAUGUCACAACACAUAAGUGUAAACGUUGCCAUAUAAAAUGUGCGAUACCGAUUCUGUUCGGAAGUGUCACGACACGACACGUCAGAGAAAUAUAAAUCCGGCUUUAUUCUGGUCUAUCUUGCAGUAGUAUUAUUUUGUAAUUUUGUAAAAUUCAUUACUGAUUGUUGUAGGUUUUGAAUUCGUCUCUCAUUCUCUUUAUUGUGUUAGCUACAAAGAGAUGGAAAUAAAUUCAAGAUAGUUAUAAAACAUAACACCGCUAGUCCGUGCACUUCGUUACAAAGUGCCACUUCACUUCUCUUCAGACCUCACUUUUAUAGCAGUAUCAAAAACUAUUAUGCAGCAGCUAAGAAAAUAAAAUCGGCUUACUACUUAAUUAAUAAUUACUUACCUUGUGUGUAUAUUUAUUAUAAUGUAUGUACUUUUAAUCCAAUGAAUUAUAUUGAUUGCAGUAAUGGCAAACAAAAAUAAUGUUAAUAUUUUUUGUAUGAAACUUGUACAUUUAUUUUUUUCUUUAGAACAUUACUUUCUGUAAUAUUUUUCUAUUAUAACUAUUAAUUGAAUUAAAAGAAAGAAAAAAAUAAUUGAAAAUAUACCAGUAGCACCUGUUUAUGUUUACGGAAAUCUAUCGCCUCUAAGACGUUCAUUUAAAAGCAUACAAUUAUGUAUUCAUUAUUAAUAAAUAUGCACCCCAGAAUGUUAAUCCUCGUUUGUGCUGUUUAAAGGAAGAAUUGUUCUACCUCACAAAGAGGCCUAAUACUUUUAAAACCUUAUCUUCACUAUUUGUGUUACUUUAAAUUUUCAAAAACACUACAAGUUAGAUCGGAUAAGCCUCUGUGUAAUAAAAAAAUAAAAUAAUGCCAUCGUCUAAUUUGUGAUUGGCACAAGGUUGUGAAAUAUAUUUUUAAAAAUUUUGUGUAUAUUUUGUGUGGAUUAUUAACUUGAAUAGACCAGAAUGUAUAUAUUUUUUUGUAAAUAUCGAAAUCGCGUGCUUAUUGAGCAAGAUAAAUUAAAUUAUUUUUCAAUAUUUAAAA